CUCGCGGUACCUGUGCGAGUGGUUUAGCUUCAUUCCACCACGGAGAAGCCAGUGGAAGGUGUCGGUUACAGCUGAAGUUGGUACUUUAAUUUGAAACCACGUAGAAACUGCCAGAAAGGAAUAUUUAUUAACAAAAUAAAUGUGUUUAAUUGCCUGAAAGGACAUCAAGUCAGCUACAUAUUACGGACUGGAAUCAAGGACGAAUUCUGUGAUCUACAAAGAAACUAUCUAGCUAAUUUAGCCUGCUAACAAAGAAAAGCAUUUCUCUUGAGAAAUAAUCCUCACUAUUCUCUUUAGUUAUGAGUCAUGUGGUCGUCGAUAAUCCACAUGGUCUAGAUCAGCAGCUUGCUGGCCUAGACUUGAACUCAGACGGACAGGGAGGAGGCACUGGCCGGCGUUACAUUCCACCUCACUUGAGGAACAAAGAGGUUUCCAAAAACGACUCUCCAGGAGGAUGGGAUGGCGGACGCAGCAACGGCGUCACCAACGGUUACCAUGACAACCGCAACGGGGGACGCGGCGGGCCUCCCCGAAAUGACAGAGGUUUUGGUGGUGGACAAGAUGGUGGAAGCUGGGGCAGUGCUCCCAGACAAGAUGCAGCCUAUAACAGCUUUGGAGGGAGGGGCAAAUCUUCCUUCUACAGCGACCGGGGAUCAUCAGGGGGCAGAGGGGGUUAUCAGCGUGGAGGGUAUGGUGGUGGUGGUAACAACCGCUGGCAGGAAGACUCCAGAGACGACGAGGACUGGUCCAAACCCAGCCCCGCUAACGAACGCCUGGAAGCGGAGCUGUUCUCAAGCGGCAACACUGGUAUUAACUUUGAGAAAUACGAUGACAUUCCUGUGGAGGCCACUGGCUCCAACUGCCCGCCACACAUUGAUAGUUUCCAUGAUGUGGACAUGGGGGAGAUCAUCAUGAGUAACAUUGCCCUGACCCACUACACGCGGCCCACCCCCGUCCAGAAAUACGCUAUCCCCGUCAUUAAGUCUAAGAGAGACCUCAUGGCCUGCGCUCAGACUGGCUCGGGUAAGACGGCAGCCUUCCUGGUGCCAGUGCUGAGCCAGAUCUACACACAGGGGCCUGGAGACGCCACAGCGGCUUCCAAGAACGGACAGGACAGUGGUAAAUAUGGGCGCCGUAAGCAGUAUCCCCUCUCCCUGGUCCUGGCUCCUACCAGAGAACUGGCCCUGCAGAUAUACGAAGAGUCCAGGAAGUUUGCGUACCGCUCCCGCGUGCGUCCCUGCGUUGUGUACGGAGGGGCUGACAUCGGUCAGCAGAUCAGAGACUUGGAGCGAGGCUGUCAUCUUCUGGUGGCCACACCUGGACGCCUGGUGGACAUGAUGGAGAGGGGCAAGAUUGGCCUCGACUACUGCAACUAUUUGGUGCUGGAUGAGGCUGACAGGAUGUUGGACAUGGGCUUUGAGCCCCAGAUCAGACGCAUCGUGGAGCAGGACACCAUGCCCCCUAAAGGCAUCCGUCAGACCAUGAUGUUCAGCGCUACCUUCCCCAAGGAGAUUCAGAUGCUGGCGCGUGACUUCCUGGAGGACUAUAUCUUCCUGGCUGUGGGCCGUGUGGGCUCCACCUCUGAGAACAUCACUCAGAAGGUGGUGUGGGUGGAGGACGGUGACAAGAGGUCCUUCCUCCUGGACCUGCUGAACGCUACAGUCAUUCCCAGUGACGCUCCUGAUGUUCAGGAGGCUGCAGUGACACCUGGUAAGGAGUCUCUGACGUUGGUGUUUGUGGAAACCAAGAAGGGAGCGGAUGCCCUGGAGGACUUCCUGUACCGCGAGGGCUACGCCUGCACCAGUAUCCACGGAGAUCGCUCCCAGAGAGACAGAGAGGAGGCGCUGAACCAGUUCCGCUCCGGACGCUGCCCCAUUCUGGUGGCCACCGCGGUGGCUGCUCGUGGUCUGGACAUCUCCAACGUCAAGCACGUCAUCAACUUUGACCUGCCCAGCGACAUCGAAGAGUACGUCCACCGUAUUGGUCGUACCGGUCGUGUGGGGAACCUGGGUCUGGCCACGUCGUUCUUCAACGACAAGAACAGCAACAUCACCAAAGACCUACUGGACAUCCUGGUGGAGGCCAAGCAGGAAGUCCCCUCCUGGCUGGAGAGCCUGGGUUACGAGAACCAGCACAAGGGCAACACGGGACGCGGACGCUCUAAGAGGUUUUCCUCUGGUGGAUUUGGUGCCAGGGACUACCGCCAGACGCCCGGCGGCGGUGGCUUUGGUGGUGGUGGACGCGGCGGCCCUCGCACCGGGGGUCACGGAGGAGGAGGAAGUCGUGGCGGCUUCGGUGGAGGUGGCUUUGGAGGCGGGAACUCCUAUGGUGGUAACGACGCUGGCUACGGUGGCAACUACAGCCACUCCGGUAGUGGAACCGACUGGUGGGGCAACUAGUCGCCAUUGCAAACGGGUUGCCACGCCAACCAAACUCAUCCUCUCACGGAAACCACAUGUUGACUACGCCAGAAUAAAACACCCCCUACCCCCUCACUCAACCCUGUGUAGUUUCACUGACACACAGUACAUUGCACACACUGUGAUUCUCUGCCCUUUCGCUUCUCUCACAAGGAGCAAGACGCAACGCCAAGACAACCAGCGCAGCGUCAAUCUAUUGGAGCAGAGAUUUGCACACUUUUCAGAUAAAAGGAGUGCUGACAUGUAUGGUCUGAUAUAGCAACUCAGACCAAAACGGCAAAUCCUUUCUUUGUAUAAACGGAAAAGAAACCCAAGAAUAUCCUGAGGAUCAUUUGUAUGUUAAUGUACUGUGCCUUUUGAAUUUAGACAGGACUAAUUCUGUGUCAUUUCACCAAACGAAUGUUGGCCGAGAGCUCUGAAUUAUUGUUAUUUAUUUGGUGAAAAAGAAGCAUAGAAGAAUGAAAACUGCUUGUACUUAAUCAAACCUUGGCAAACACUGGGGCAUUGUGGCUCGUUCGAGUCAUGAAUCCAUUUCAACCUUUCAAAAUUGUCGCAGUGACAUCAUGUAGCCUUUUCUCGGGUUCAACCCAGAGUUCCAACAGCUAACAUCACUGUAGCAUCCGACAGCACUGGGCCGUUCUCCUAGUGUGGCUAAUAGAACUGUAUUCUAAUCUUUAAGGGACGAAGAGUUCGAUUACUUUUUCUUUUUUGCUCACUCUAUCCUGGAUAGGCUCCUCUAUAAAGGAUACGGUAGUCUUUCGAAAAGCCAUUCCAGAUCUCUUAACACGUAAAGUCAUUAAGCUCAGUGCUAACAAACGCACACUGGGGUUUAAUUCAAACAACGCAAACACUUAAUGUUGUAACUUGUUACUCCACAUCUAUUGGCUUGACAGUGUUAUGGCAGCUAGUAAAGUUAACUAAAUGCUAGCUACAUUAACUGGGCGGUGUUUUUUUAUUUAAACUCCAAACAUUUGAAGUGGGCGCAUGCGCAGUAUUUGAAAAAAAGGUUUUUUAUUUUUGAGUGAAACGUUUCUCCACACCUGUAACAAAAAAUGGCGCCAUCUUGAAAGUGAAGUUCAAAAUGGUUCCAUACGGACCACAGCGUCGGGGGGGGGGGG